AUGGCACACCUGCAAUGGCGCAACAUCAAGUGCGUGGUGGUGGGCGAUGGCAACGUGGGCAAGACCUGCAUGCUGAUCUCCUACACCACCAACGCCUUCCCCUCCGAGUACAUUCCUACCAUCUUCGAUAAUUACAGCGCAAACGUGAUGGUGGACGGACAGGUCAUCUACCUGGGCCUCUGGGACACCGCGGGCCAAGAGGAAUACGACCGGCUACGUCCACUGAGCUAUCCGCAAUCGGACGUCUUUCUGCUGUGCUUCUCCGUCGUGUCACCGCCCAGCUUUGAGGUUGAGCUCACCCGCCCCGGGAACUUGCGAUCCAAGUGGAACCCGGAGGUGGUGCAGCACUGCCCAGGCGUGCCCCGGUUUGUCGUGGGACUAAAGACAGACCUCCGGGGUAAUUCCGAAGUCGUGAGUCGAUUGGCCGAAAGGGGAAUGCGGCCGGUCACACGGGAGCAGGGCGAGGCCCUGGCCAAGGAGCUGGGGGCCGACGGCUACCUGGAGUGCUCCGCGCUCACUCAAGAAGGACUCCAGCGAGUGUUCAGCGAUGCCAUAAGGGCCGUUCUCCACCCGGAAACGGGUUCGGAAGCGCGGGCCAAGACCCCUCGCCAGGUCCUUCGGGACAAGCUCAAGACUGUCUCGCGGAGGGUGUACCGCAAGUGCCAGUCCUCCUGUCUCCUCUCUUGA